AUGAACAAACUAAGUGAGCUUUUAAUUGAUUCGGAGGAGAAAUAACCAAACUUCAUUACGCAAUACUGCAAGCCUCUGAGAAUUCUUGGGAAAGGGGCGUUUUCUACAGUGGUGGAGAUACAGAAUUUGAUGACAAAUAAGAAGGGAGCACUAAAGAUAAUAGAGAAAUCGCAUUUCAAUGUUUUGUCAAUUGGAAAUGUUAAAGAAGGAGGUUCAGUUGUUAAAUCAAUUGAAUCAUUAGAAUAUUUGUAAGAGUUACGUUUGUAUGAUUGCUUUGGUGUUAUUGUAGAGUAAAGAAACCAAAAGUAAAUUAUAUAUAAUGAUGGAUCUCAUCACAGGAGUUACAUUGGAAAUAAUUUUAAUAGAACAAACUAGAAGAUUAGAUAGUACACAACAUUGUGA